AUUUUAAUCUUAAAGAAGAUAAUCUCAUCUGUGAUGCUGGAGUCACCCUACAACCACACAAUGGAAAAUCCUGCCACCUUCUUUCUUGUGGGAAUUCCAGGUUUGCUGUCUUCACAUCUUUGGAUGGCUGUCUCACUGAGUGUCAUGUACACGAUGGCCUUUCUGGGAAACACCCUCCUUAUGAGUAUAAUCUGCAUGGAUUCCACUCUCCACGAGCCUAUGUAUUGCUUCCUGUGUAUUCUGGCUGCUGUGGACAUUGUUAUGGCUUCCUCCGUGGUACCCAAGAUGCUGAGCAUCUUUUGCUCAGGAAAUGGCUCCAUCAGCUUCCAUGCAUGCUUUGCUCAAAUGUAUUUUGUCCAUGCAGCCACGGCUAUAGAGACAGGGCUGCUGCUGGCCAUGGCUUUUGAUCGCUAUGUAGCUAUCUGCAAACCACUACAUUACAAGAGAAUUCUCACACCUAAAGUGGUGCUUGUAAUCAGUGUCAGCACUGUAUCCCGAGGUAUUAUAUCUAUGACUCCACUGAGUUGGAUGUUGAGUCAUUUACCAUUCUGUGGCUCCAAUGUGGUUUCCCAUUCCUACUGUGAGCUAAUGGCUGUGGCCAAGUUGGCAUGUGCUAGUCGCAUGCCCAGCCGUCUCUAUAGUUUAACUGUUACCUCCAUUAUUGUGGGUUUUGAUGUGGCCUUCGUUGCUGCUUCCUACAUCUUGAUUCUCAGGGCAGUGUUCAAUCUUUCCUCAAAGAUUGCUCAGCGGAAGGCAUUAAGCACCUGUGGCUCCCAUGUGGGUGUCAUGGCCCUGUACUAUUUUCCUGGUUUGGCAUCUAUCUAUGUAGCCUGGGUAGCACAGGACACAGUGCCCUUGCAUAGUCAAGUACUAUUAGCUGACUUGUACCUGAUUCUUCCACCCACUUUAAACCCCAUCAUUUAUGGUAUCAGGACUAAACAAAUACGUAAGAAAGUAUGGAAUUUGCUGAUGUUCUUCUUUUAG